UCCCAAGAAGUAGGGACCCGCUGGCCGGGAAGGAAGCCGGGAAGGACAGAAGGAGGUGGUGGCAGCGGCAAUUGGAGCCAACGGCCCCUCCUCCUCCCCGUCCUCGGCCUCCGCCUCCGCCCCCUCCCCUGACGGACCCGGGCCGCGCUCUCCCCGCUCCCCGCCCCGGGAACGAGCCGAGCCCGAGCCCCGGCACGAGCUGCCGCCCCCGCCACUGGUGCCGCCGCGCCCCCUCCACGUCCGACAUGAGCUUCUUGUUUGGUAGUCGCUCUUCCAAAACCUUCAAGCCAAAGAAGAACAUUCCAGAAGGUUCUCACCAGUACGAGCUCCUGAAACACGCUGAAGCCACCCUCGGGAGCGGCAACCUGCGGACGGCUGUUAUGCUUCCUGAGGGGGAGGACUUAAAUGAGUGGGUGGCAGUGAACACUGUGGAUUUCUUCAACCAGAUCAAUAUGCUUUAUGGGACCAUCACUGACUUCUGCACUGAGGAGAGCUGCCCCGUGAUGUCAGCUGGCCCAAAAUAUGAGUAUCAUUGGGCAGAUGGAACCAACAUAAAGAAGCCUAUUAAGUGCUCUGCGCCAAAGUAUAUUGAUUACCUGAUGACUUGGGUACAGGACCAGUUGGAUGAUGAGACAUUAUUUCCAUCCAAAAUAGGUGUCCCCUUCCCGAAGAACUUUAUGUCGGUGGCAAAAACUAUCCUGAAGCGUCUGUUUAGAGUGUAUGCACAUAUUUACCACCAGCACUUUGACCCAGUGAUCCAGCUGCAGGAAGAAGCCCAUCUUAACACAUCCUUCAAGCACUUCAUUUUCUUUGUGCAGGAGUUCAACUUAAUUGACAGAAGAGAACUUGCUCCACUCCAAGAACUGAUCGAAAAACUGACUUCAAAGGACAGAUGAGAGCAUGGAGGCCUGUUCCAAUCAUGUCUUGCUUAAAUCCUGCUCUUAGGAAUAGAAUUGGGAUUAUUAUUUGGUUGGGUGGUUUGGGGAUUCAUUUGAGUUUAUUUUCCUUUAUUUUUUUUCUCCUAAAUAAAUUAAAACCUUUUCUGUUAUUUUAGAGGCAACCAAGAUCCAUUCUCUAUGCUUUUGGUGGAACACAGUCUUUUCUCUUGGUGACGUACAGUGGUGUGGACAUUUUUGGUUUUUGUUUGGGAUUUGGGGAAGUGUUGGAGAUGGGGUCUACCUCCUUGUAGGCCUUUAGCUGAUGCUAUGUGCUUGACCCUACUGGUGGAUGGGUUUUACAUGGUGUAAAUUGUGGCCCAUUCCUAACAUAAAAGACUUACCUUCUUAAGUGCCUUGGCAGAAGGCUCACUUCUGAGGUGCAAAGUGCAGAUGUAGUAGACUGAGAAUUGCUAAACACAAUGGACUGAUCACUACCCACAACACUUGAAGAUGAUGAUGGUGAUGAUGAUGAUGAUGAUGUUUCUGUUAGAUUAUCUAAUUUUUAAAAAGCCAUAGUUUGCCUAAAUUGGUGAUCUCCAGCUUUUAAUACAUGAAGAAACAGAAUUCUUGAAGAUGUGAAUGUAGAUCUUUAAAAAAACAACAACCAGAAAUAACAUUUGUCAAUCAUUUAUGUUAGUAAUGGUGGUAUUGAUGUAUGUUACUCUGUUCACCAAAUGAUGAAAGUUCUGUUACGAGCAGGUCUUUUUCCACCCCUUAAUGUCUGUGAUGGUGAAACUGGAGGAGAUUAAAAUGUGUUCCCAUACAGGCAUGGCUCUUCCAUACAGACACGUGCCUGCACACUAGGUCGUAAAGUAUUUAUUGCCACCUCCUGAGGUGAUACAGCCAGCCCCAUCUGGGAGGUUUUUCACCAGUUGCCAAAUGAGCCAUAAACCUCCUUCCACUGUGAACGUAAUUAAAAAUAUUUCCACUGAAAUAAUAUUUAAGAAAGGCCUAUCUUAAAAACUCAUGAAAUCAGUAACAAGGGUGAAUCUCCUUGUAAGCCCGGUCUCUGAAAACCCCUCCUUCUUGUACUUAGAGCCAACUCCCAUUAGUAGAGAAUUAAAUACAUCUUUACUUUCUCAGCAUAGAUGUUAAAAAUGGAGUUGAGGGAGAGUUUUUAGGAGUACGAGUUAUUUUUCAACGCUUUCAUUUAGUGGAUGGAGCUGUCGUGUCACUAAAGAGUGACUAACACAUUUAACAACACAUUCUUGCUGCUGGCCUUUUGUGAAGGUUGGCUUUUUUUUUUUUUAACUCCAGCUAGUUUCUAAUGGGAAGGAAAGUCUCUAUUAUGUGGUAUAAUUAAGUAUUCAAAACAGUGACUAACUUUAAAAUUAACACCAGUUUUCAGUGAGUUCCAUCCUUUUAUAACACUUUAGUAAACUGAAUGUUUUGUACAUUGUGCCAACAGCUUUCACUUAGGUAUAGCUGUUCUUAUGAAAACUCCCAGAUUUCCGUGAUCUCUUCUCUGAUACCAGUGUCUGCCUCCUGGAGCUGGCCAAGUCCAGUCCUCCCCUUAUUCUUUCUUGCACAGUAAUUCAGAUUAAGAGCACUUUGGGUAGCUUUCCCAAUGAACAGAUCAGUGACAUGAUGAAUGUCCCCAGUGUCACUACUCCUCAGAACUGCCUUUGCUCCAUUCCUCAAGACAGUAAUGCCUUGGCAGAGAUGCAUCCAUCUGAGACUGGUAAUAUUUACAUGGCACAGCAAUAAAGUGCUUCUCCUUUAAGGGAAAAAACGUAUCUUAUAGUUAGCCAAAUAGAUAUUAACUGAAUUAGUUCAGGAACAACUGGGUGUCAAGUAGUUUAGGGAUCCACAAAGGAUCUCAUCUGCACAGAGAAGUAAAGCACAAGGUCACCCAAGUGGUCUUCCAUAUCACAUCUCACCUUAUGUAAAGCCUCUAACAGCAGCAGGCUUGCAGUCAGCCAAGUGAAGAGAGAAUGAGGAAUUGCACCUGAUAACGUUCAUGUAGCGCUGUUGUGCUGGGUAGGAUGAUUCUCUAAGUCUAAGCUCAUGUUUCUGAGUAUAUGUUGAUUUCCCAGUGUUUGUAGAUAAGCUUUUGUUCUCACUGUGCCAGAACCUUAGGUACCUGCCUCUGGGUACUCCUUUCAUCAAAGACUUUGGGAUUGGAGGAUGCUGCUACUGUUUCUAUGUGUUUUAUGUAGAGAGGCCCUCGUUAAGGAGGGGUCUGGCUUACACUCCUUGGUUUUAAAUAUGGCUAGAAAGUAGAAAUUCCCAUAACAUAAAAUCAAUUACUUUAAGAUAAAUUGUUUAAUAUUGAUUUUUUUUCCACGAGAGGUUGUAAAAUCCAUUUUGGCAUCAGAUUUUACUUUUGCAUCAGAACUUAAUUUGAGGUCUCUGUUUUUCAGGCUUUUUUCUUCUCUUGACCUAAGUUCAGAAACAUUUUUACUGUUCUCAGAUACAUGCAUCCUUAAAUUCCAAUCAAAAGGUUAAGAGAAAACUACCAGUGGUGUUUCUUUAAAAACAAAACAAAACAUAGGCUAGAUACCCUUGGUUAAGUUUUAACAGGAUAGAAAAUUUUAAUGAUUAAAAAUUGAAGGAAUAUGGAUAAACUUUUAGUUAGCCAUAGAUGCUGCUGCUGGCUCUGACUUUUUAAGCUCUUUCUUUCCUUUCAUUUACAUGUAAGCCAAGCUGUUGAGUCAUGGCAUAAGCCUGAAGUCUGAAAAGUAGGAGCGACUGUUUAGAUGAGUGAAUGUAUUUAAUCACACAAUGGGUAAGCAAUUGCCUGGUUUACCCAAAGAAACGAAACACUACAGCCCCACACUUAUUCUACUGGAAACAUAGAUGGCAUGGACAUUUUGAAAUUCAUAAGAUUCUAUUUUAGUUGUUAGUUUUAAGCUCCCCGUGCCUCCUCCACUUGCUAGAAGGCUGUACCAGUGGAAGAGAGGUACUUAGUGCUUUUCUGCUCAGUGAUAAUUGUUGAGGUGAGAACCUAAUAUGUAGAAUCUAAUAAACCCCAGACAUCUCAACUAUUAUAUGCAAUAACAUAUUCAUCCAAAUAAGUGUUUCCUCAUUUUGGGAGGCUAUCACCAUCACUCAAAAUAUCUUUGGAAUUCCUCCUUUCAAAUUGCCUUCUGAACCAGUUUAUUAGCCACACAAGAAAAUCUGUAUCAUCACCUUACAUUAAUUACAUUACAGCCACACCUUCAUUUGAACUAAAAAUAGUAUUAUUCAACUUAAUUAUCAUACUUAUUCAGCCUGCUUGCCUCUGGAUGACUUCUGGCUGCUCCCCUAAAAUGACAUCCAUCCUUAAAUUAAGACAAAGAUAUGUGAACAUGGUUGAUGCUCAAAAAACUGUGUUACAGGCUCUGACGGCAACUUGAGGAGUUCCCAAGAUGAUUUUCAGCAAUGUCAGGACCAUUUGAAUCAUUGUAUAGCUUCCCAAGUGCACUUAACCUUGUUUGACAAUAGAAAUUCUGCUAUUUGUUUUUCUUUUAAAAAAAAAAGUCAUUCUUUUACCUUCUAGCCCUGCAUCAUAAAAGCGUCCCUAAGGACUUUGGCAUUCAGGGACUUUGGCCACAAAGAUUGUAGAUCCUAUUUGACACUGUGGGACAGUUUAAAAUAGGAAGUAGCGUGGCCAAAUAUCUUCAUGGUUAAGGCAAAGGAGUCCAGAAGAAAUGUACUUGCUGGCCCUCAUCAGUUCUAGCCAUGUCCUCAUUCACACAAAACAGUAAUAAGAGACUGGAGAUCACUGUAUGUGAUCUUUUAGUUGAGCUGGAAGAUUGAAUCCACAUAGCGUUCCUGCUUUUACCAUACUGCAGCUUUAACUUCUAGAUGUCUCUUAGGAAAGACGUGGACCACACCUGUGGUUUUUGAAAAACCUGGGCACAAAAAAAUCCAACUUGUUUUGAGACUAAACUGGAUCCGUAAACAAAAUGAUCCCUUGAAACAUUUCUAGAUUUCUGUAUAUUACAAGGUGAUUCUCAGUGUUUUUUAACAUUAAGUACUAGAGUUUUGUGUGGUAAUCUUAAAAUACAGGACAGGAAUCACUGUCUUUUAGCUAUUGAUAAGUUUGUCCAUGAGUUUUGGAUGGCAAUUUUUCGAGGUGAACCUACCUCAUGAUUGAAGAGGAAGUUUAUGUUGUAGAGAUGGAACAGAAAUUCUGAACACAGAUCAUUCUAUGUUUUUUAAGACCCUCAAGUCAGGGAUGUGAAUUCACUUGGGAAAUACAGAACUACAUAAAGCUGUUGCUGGUAGCUGAAGUAAUGUUUAGUAGCUUGGGGGGAGAAAAAGAUAAUACUGGUUGGAACGUCAAAUAGUCCAUGUCUUCCAUAUGGCACAAAGGAGAACUUGGAAAAUUUCACUUCCUUAAGACAGAAACUAGAGGCACUGAUUGACCUUAAUGCAUUCUUCCACUUUGUCUCUUUUUCUCCUUCCUUCUCCAGGUAAGUUGUCUUUGUGCUGCUAUUAAUUUUCUGUACCUUUCUUCCCUUACUCUCUUCCAAUUAGAUAUCUGGGUAGUCUUGAUAGCCAACAUUCUUGGUGGUUCUGAAGUGUUAUCGAUACAAAGGUUUUGGGUGUUGUGUCAGAAGAGGUAAUUAAUAUCCUUACUGAUUUUCCUAAAGAUGACUUGUUUGGGUUUUAUUUAGAGCUCUUAAAAAUCUGCAUCACUGAAGUACCAACCACUGAUGAUAAGAUUGUUAGUGAUGCAAUGGCAUUUUGCUUUGUUUUGUUGUUGUUAUUCUUUAAGACAAUAUUUAUUUCCCUUAAUGGAAAACUAACAUUGAACUCUUCAGCUGGGUGAUUCUUGGUUUGCACAUGUUUUCUCCUAUGGCUGAAAUGCAGUUCUUCUGAGUGUUUCAAAAUAAAUUUCAGGAAGUGCAUUUUCAUUUUAAGAACACUUUUCUCUCUUAAGAUUGUUCUUCAUAGAUUAUUGUAUUUUUAGGAAAUUGUUUUAAACAUCCACUAACUGUAGUUUGUUAUUUUUGUACAUGUCCAACUAGGAUUCAGCAGCACUGUUUGUCCAGGGAAUGCUUCUGUUUGAAUUCUUCCUGUACUUUGAGGGUGUGUUUACUCUGUUACCACUAGCUCUCAAAAUCGGGGACAAGAGAAGAAUGUAGUAAAUGCAUAUGGCAGUUUCUGAAUGAAUGAAAAUUUCUUUAGUUAAAAGUAGCAAGAAUACUACAAAUGCAAGAUCUUUCUUAUUUGAACAUACAUGCGAUGUUUACAGUAUGUUAGACAAUUAUAAAACCUAUAAGGACAUGGUCCCUGUUGUCAUGGAGUCAUAUCCACUUUAUAUUAAAGCAGCUUGAAAAAAAUAGAUGUAAAAUAUGAAAUGCAUUUGAGAACUUGUAAGCUAACUGUGCCAAUCUGACUUCAAUUUGUAGUUGUUAAUGAUUAUUAUCUUAGAUUAUGCCACUACAUCAUUUUGAUUUUAAAAGAGAGGGAAAAAAUGAAUGUCAGAAAAAUUCAUAACAUGUUUAUUUGAGAGAUGUAAAUAAUAUAUACAGAUUGUGGUAUGUAAUGAUCUGAGGAGGUAUUUAAAUUCUAGGAUUUUUUUUUCCCAGUAAGAAACUGAAUGCUGUUUAUAAGAGAAAAAAAAAUGAAUAAAUAGCUAUGUUUGGCCAUGAUUA